AUGCUUUCUCAAGUCCUAGCAAUAUCUAUCUUUAUGGGUGGUGCUCUUUCCAUCCCAGUUCAAAAACGCGCGAGCUGCCCUAACAUCCAUGUUUUUGGUGCUCGAGAAACAACCGUUUCUGCUGGAUACGGUUCGUCCAUCACAGUCGUGGAUGACGUCCUGAAUACCUAUCCAGGCUCUACCGCGGAAGCCAUCGUGUACCCUGCAUGCGGUGGCCAGUCUUCAUGCGGGAGUAUAAGCUAUUCGGACUCUGUUGCUCAAGGCAUCGCAGCCGUCGCAUCUGCCGUGAAUUCCUUCAAUUCAGAGUGUCCAGAUAGCGACAUCAUCCUGGUAGGGUAUUCCCAGGGUGCAGAGAUCAUGGAUGUUGCUCUGUGUGGCGGAGGAGAUCCCAAUCAGGGGUAUACCAACACUGCUGUUCAACUGUCGGCGUCUGCUGUGUCCAUGGUGAAAGCGGCGAUUUUCAUGGGUGACCCAAUGUUCAGAGCGGGCCUGCCAUAUGAGGUUGGCACCUGUACUGCCGGUGGCUUUGACGAACGGCCAGCGGGCUUCAGCUGCCCUUCAGCUAGUCUGAUACAGUCGUACUGCGAUGCUGCAGAUCCAUAUUGCUGCAAUGGUAGUGACGCAGCAACCCAUCAGGGCUACGGAGCAGAAUAUGGAAACCAGGCUCUGGCUUUUAUUGAGAGCAAACUCCCUGAUACCUCCACUAGUAAAUAG